UGAAGCGAGCAAACGACAAACAAUAGCGGUUUAUUGCAUUAAUGAUAUGUAAAUUUGUUUAAAUAAAUAAUCAUUUUAAAAUUUCUGCGUUAAUGCAUUCGAUUGUGAAGGAAAUCAAAUUAAUUAGAGUAGAUGAUAAUUAUUGUUUUCCUUUACGUAUGUGCACUAAAAGUAAAUAGUACAAAUUUUGAAGGUAAACAUGUAUAUACAAUUUGCGUCUACCUAAUAAAUGUACAAUUAGUUGUGAAGAAAGUGUAAUUAUUUGUAAUUGAUGUUUUGUUCGGUAAGAAGGGAAUUGUGGUCGAAAUUAGGGUGAAGGUGGUAUUGAGUGGGUCUCGUUGUCGACAUUCAAAAUAAGCUGUUAAUUUGAUUGUGAUCCAUAUUAUGCUUACGUGAUGGAAUGUUUUCCUAUAAUAAUAUUAAUUAUAGUUCAAACAAACUAUUCCAUUUUGCUAAUAGACGAUUCAGUAAGUGCAAGAAAAUGCCGAAGGCUUACGUCUCGUUGAAGGGGUCGUAACACAAUUAGCGCGCUCAUAAUGAAUCUUGAAUUGCAUUUAAAUUGUUAAAGUAAAAUUGAAAAUUUUAAUUGUAAGUCUACUUAAGUCUUUUCUGAGCUCAAUUUAUCUCAUGAAUAUCUAUGAAAUUGAAUUUGUCCAAGUCGACGGUGUUAAUUUCGUCGAUGAUGUCGAUGUAAUGGAAAUGUCGGCAAGUCCCUACCAAACUUCUAGCCGAUCAAUCAUUUAAAACUGCUGAAGGAAUACUUACUUACUCCAAAGUGCUUACGUAGUAGUAAUUUACUUUGUUUUGACGAGAAGAGUUAUGACGGAAUUGCCGCCAAACUUGUUCAUCAUCAUCAUCGUCAGAAGAUUUUUUUUAUGGUCGCUUGUGGCUACAAAAACUUUUAAGUCUACAAGUGCGAAGAAGUUUCAUAUAAUCAAAAAAAUGACAGAGAAACUUUUAGAAGAGUCAUAAUAAACUUGACAUGGAGUAACUACUUCAAAAUACUUCCAAAUUACUUUGGAGAAAUUUACGAGUUUGCAGGAAUGAACUCACUUUCAUUAGUUUUUCUCGGGAUGGGUAUUUUUCUUUGGAAACAAAACACUUGUUAUUGGGAAAAUUCUGAUGGAAAAACUUCUCUUUGCAUUUUAUUUUAUUACUGGGAUUCAAUAACGCCUACGAUGGUAAAUCAACGUAAAUCUAAUAAUACCUAAUCGGGUUGUUAUUUGCGAAAAUGAAAGAAAUUCAGAGUAAUUCGUGUUGGUGCAGUAAUUGAAAUUAUGCCAAUAAUUUUACUACCACUUACUAAUCUCAAUCAAAGAUGAUUUGUUUACAUAGAGUUGUAUUUAUAGUCUCUUAAAUCGCAGUUUACUAAUUUUGUGAGGCGAGUUUUUGUUUACUCUCCUAAAUAGUAAUUACUUGAAAGGCAAAAAUUUUUGUAAGUAAAUAAGGUAAUGAUUCGUUAAAAACUCUUUCCUAAUUAGCCUAACGUAAAUAAGUCAUUACAUGAUUGAUAAAUGAUAAAAGUAAAAAGAUUGCAACGGGGACAGAAAAACAAAUAAUAACAGAAUAAUAAAUACGAGAGAAUAAACAAAAGCAAUAUUAGAAAGUGAGUAAAUAUUCAUGAAUAUAGGAACGAAAUGAGCAAUGCAAAAAAUCCAAACACCAAUAAUAUGUCCAAAUUUUUAAUAUAAAUUCUAAUUCAAAAGGAAGAUUUUUUUAGGAGAUUUGAGCUCCUUUGAGAAGGAUAUAGUCAUCUUCACAAAGUAGAGGGAUUUAUUAAAAAUUGAAUGACGUUUUUGAGCGUUUUCAAGUCAAUACUACAUUAGAAUCCUGUUUCCUUAUUAAAUCUCUGGAAAAUUUUCUGUUUGUAGCAAGAUUUGAUGACAAAGACGUAAAUAAUCUUCCAGACAAUUAAUAAAUUAAAAAUGCAAAAGCGACCAGCCACUUUUUUAUUUUUUUUUUCUAUAUCAACCUUUUAACUAAAACGCCAAGAUUUUCGGAGGGUAAAUAACGGAAAUUUUUUUGUUAAAAUAAUAUUGUAAUCAAAAGCCCGCAUUGAGGCUGACUAUUUUUUCUUUUUGGUAAAAAUUUGCAAUCACAACACCAGCGUAUCUGCAUUUCAAAUAAAAUCACGUGUUGGAAUAAUUUUUCAACUUCAUGAUGAAACAUUGAUGAGUGACAUUGUGUUGUUCUAACUGCAUUUAGAAUAUAAUUUUUGUCGCCUGUAAUUACAAAAAUUUAAUUAAACCCAAAAUUACAUCAAAAAGAAAAUUAAAUUAAAAAUUUUCAACUAGCCGUUGCUUGUUUACGCAUUCAGAGCGAUUGUCCUGCGUUUUAAUUAUUCAACUCGAUUUUCCCCUAAUUCCAAACAUGCAGACAAUGCUUCGAGUUCUUAAAUUGUGAUUUUCUCAGUUAAGCAGUAAACCUUGAAGCUUGGUAUUUUGAUUAAAUAAACCCAAACCAACUGGGCAAUAUGGUGAAUCAAUAACAUUCGAGGAGACUAUAAAUUAUUUGUGUUUAGUUCUGUUGAUUACUCACAUUAUUGGAUUUUCCCUGUGACUUAUUUACCGAUUAAGCAAUUUCCGACAGGCGGCAAUUGCAAAAUAAAGACAUUUUACAUCUCAAAACGGCAAUUCUUUGCAUUUCUGAAAUGUUACAACAAAACGGAAGUUUUGCGACACUUCCAACAGAAUAAAAGUAGUGCUUUAGACGUAAACAAUAAAAAAUGACAGUGUUAAACACAACCGUAGAGGCCAUAAAAUCAGCAAAUAGUGCAUCAUCCCAAUGUCAAGAAAUCGGAAUAAUGAGUCAUCUUCUAGUCCAAAUAAUCUUCUACAUCCUUUACUCCGCCAUAUUUCUUUUAGGGUUAUUCGGCAAUAUUCUCGUUUGUUACAUUGUUUAUUCAAACAAAGCCAUGCAAACAGUGACGAAUCUGUUUAUAACAAACUUGGCUCUCUCUGAUAUCUUGUGCGUCCUGUGUGUGCCCUUCACUCCUUUGUACACUUUCUUAAGAAAGUGGAUAUUUGGCAGUUUAACUUGCCAUCUAGUCGGUUACGCUCAAGCAACCAGCGUUUACAUUUCAACUUUGACUCUGACUGCGAUUGCUAUUGAUCGUUUCUUUGUCAUUCUUCAUCCUCUUCGACAACGAAUGAAACUCUAUACCUGUCUCUGGAUCCUCCUGGGCAUCUGGGUGUUCUCUAUGUUGGUCACCCUUCCGUAUGGCAUUUGUAUGCAGGUCGAGAUACAGUCUGAAGGCUGCAUCGUGUGUGAGGAGAAUUGGCCUUAUGAAAACUUCGAAAUCGCUUUUGGCUCUUUUACACUUGUAAUGCAAUUUAUCAUUCCAUUCUGCAUCAUUGGGUACUGCUAUUCCCGGAUUUCGGGCCGCCUCAAUGAGAGGGCAAAGUCCAAACCAGGCACGAAAAGUGCCAGACGCGAGGAGGCCGACAAGGAGAAGAAGAAGAGGACCAACAGGAUGCUCAUAGCGAUGGUGACGAUAUUCGGCAUCUGUUGGUUCCCUCUCAAUUUGAUCAAUGUGGUGCACGACUAUUACGUGUUCGAGCGAGGUUCAUAUUUCCAUCUGUUUUUCUUCUUGGCUCAUUGCGUGGCCAUGUCUUCUACUUGCUAUAACCCCUUUUUGUACGCGUGGCUCAACGAAAAUUUCCGAAAGGAGUUCAAGGUGAUCCUGCCUUGUAUUUUGCGAAGCGCAACGAAUCGGUACUGUAAUGGUGAUGAACGCACUUUAGACACUCUUUUACACUCUACCGUGUACACGUCACCGGCUAAACACUUAGAACCACGUGAACCGAUAGCUGAACCCAUUCCUCAAACUCAAGAAUAUAACCUGUAA